AUGGAAGAGCAACUAGUGACACUGCUAGCCGAGACGCAGUCUUCGCAGGAAGGCCCUCGAAAGAACGCAGAGUGGCAGCUCAAGCAGCAGUACUCCAACCCGGACUUUCCAGUCGCUCUGCUUUCUGUUGGAGCUCACAACGACGUGCCGGUAGAAGUCCGCCAAGCCGCAUUAUUGUACCUGAAGACCUUUGUCCUGGCCUGCUGGUCUCCUCAGUUCGACGAGUUCACUGGAACGCUGUUCGCCGAUGAUGGCAAGAAAGCACAAAUUCGUCAGCAACUCCUAGAACUGGCCUUGAGUGGACGCGAUGAGCGAAAGAUCAAGAGUGCAGCGAGCCUUGUCGUGAGCAAGAUUGCCACUGCCGACUUUCCCGAUGAAUGGAACGAUCUGCUACCUUCGGUGUUGAACGUGAUUGCAAGUGGAGAGGAUGCCCGUCUGCAUGGAGCGCUCAAGGUCCUCAAUGAGUUGGUGGACGAUUGUUUCAACGAGGAGCAGUUCUUCAGCGUGGCCCGAGAUCUCGUCAAAGUCAUUUACGACGUCGCAGUCAACGACAAUCGCAAACCCACCCUCAGAGCUCUAGCUGUGUCGGUGUUCAGAUCAUGCUUCGACACCCUUGAGAUGGUAAUGGGAGACCACAAGACCGAAGUCAAGGCGUUUGCAGACGAUGCCCUGACCGGCUGGAUACCGUUCUUUAUCAACGCCCUCAAGUCACCCCUUCCAGCAGCUCCAGUCGAAGGACAAGAGAACAAUGAAGCCUCAGAGCUCUACCGAGGAUUCGUGGCCUUGAAGCUGCAGGUCGUCAAGGUGCUCAUGCGCAUUCGCUCCGUACUUCCACAAACGCUUUCGCCGCACAGCCCUGCCCUCUUUUCCGCCACCUGGCAGGAGCUUUCCACACUGCAACCACAGUACCACUACAUGUACAUCGAGCAAGACAUUCAGGGUCGACUGGAGGAUGCCGACGGCUUGCCAUAUACCCUCGACUUUCUCGUUCUUGAGGAGCUCGACUUCUUACAGGCUUGCUUGCGCGCACCGCCUGUCCGGAAAGAACUCGAACAGCAGCUUCAAACGCAAAGUCUGGGCUCUUCUUGGGUGACAGAGGUUAUGAAGACCGCAGUCUCAUACGCACAGAUCACGAACGAAGAAGAAGGAUUCUGGGACAUCGACGUCAAUGUGUUCUUGUCCGAGGAAGUUAAUGUCACGGCAAAUUACACACCACGAUCAGCUUGCGGUGAUCUCGUCAUCAAGCUUGGCGAGUGGCUGAACAAUACCACUGUGGAAGGUCUUCUGUCAUACACGCGGUCGUUGUAUGCCGAGAAUGCAGGAUGGAAGGCUAAAGAGGCCGCUCUGUACCUGCUCAACCAACUGCUUGGGGACUUCCAAGACGUGGAGAAGCAGAUAGGAUCCGAAUCAGCAAACGGCUAUGUGGACUUCAUCAAGCACGCCAUUCAAGAGGAGCCGGUGUUCCUUCGGGCCAGAGGCUAUCUGGUUGCUGGUAGUCUUACUAGGACUUCUGGCGAUGCACUCCAGACCGUGGCCACGUCGUUCAUGGAAGCGUCGUUGCAGGCCAUCACGAAUGAUGAGUCAGAGAUCGUCAAGGUCUCCUGCAUUCGAGCCAUUCAGUACUACUUCGCAGCACUUCCAUCUGCCAUCACAGUACCGCGACAGCCUGCAGUCAUAUCCGCACUUCACAACUUUCUCAACACCCAGGACCUUAGCGACUUGACCGAUAGCGAUGACUUGCUGAUCACCAUCAUCGAGACUCUGCGCGAUGCUAUCCUCCUGGACACGGGAAGCAGUCUGAAUGGAGGUGGCUUGGACCUGCUCUUCACGGUCGCUAGUCAAGGUGCCUCAAACUUUCAGAUCGCCCUCCUCGUCACCGAGACGUUUGAGGAAAUCGCAAGCACCAUUUCUGAGGCCGGCCCAGAAGCGUUUGCACAACUUGCAACCAAAGUUCUGCCAUCCCUUAUGGGCGCAUUCGACGUUGCAACACUUACUGAGGAGAACGCGCUCGCGAAUCUUGCAGCCGAGUUACUGGCUGUGCUAUCUGAGCAUGGCUCCAACCCACUUCCGCAAGGCUUCGUCACUACAGCCAUGCCACGAUUGACUCGACUUUUGCUCGAAUCUGAGGACGAUGAGCUGCUCAAGUCCGCCACUGCUGCAGUCAAACACAUGGUGCACAAUGAUGCAGAUCAGGUCUUUGCGUUCCAAGAGCAGAGUGGCAAGAGCGGACUGGAGGUCCUUCUCGUCAUUAUCGACCGUCUGCUGAAUCCCGCCGUCGAUGACAACGGCGCAGCUGAGGUUGGUGGACUUGCAGCUGAGCUGGUUGAGAAGGCUGGGUCCGAGAAGCUUGGUCCCUACCUUAUGCAACUCCUGCAAGCUGUUGCUCAGCGUCUAGCUACUGCACAGCAAGCCCAGUUCAUUCAAAGCUUGAUUCUGGUGUUCGCUCGACUGUCCCUCAUCUCGGCUGCAGAAGUGGUGAACUUCUUGGCCGAUGUUCAAGUGGGAGGCGAGUCUGGUCUGGAGGUUGUCGUUCGCAAGUGGCUCGAGAACUCGAUCAACUUUGCAGGUUACGAUGACAUCAGACAAAACGUCGCCGCCCUGUCGAAACUGUACGAGCUCAACGACUCCAGAAUCGCCGCCAUUCAGGUCAAAGGCGACAUGAUUGUGCCCAAGUCGGAUCGCAUCAUGACCCGUUCUCGCGCCAAGCAACAACCUGACCAGUACACGAUCGUCUCCGCCCAGCUCAAGAUCAUCAAAGUCCUGAUCGAGGAGUUGCUAUCUGCGUCUGGCACCAACCGAGGCCUCGAAGCUGCAGCCGCCGCAGGGGACGAUGAUGGCGAAGAGGACGGCGACUGGGAGGACGAUCCGAACGACUUCCUGGACUUAGGGACUGGCAUGAGCAAAUCUCAACUGAUGGCACUUGGCGAAGAUGGCGGAAGCUUCUCUCGCGGUCGUGACGACGAGACGCAGUCCUUCCUGGUCAACUUCUUUCAACAGCAAGGCCAGAAGCCGGAGUUUGCGGAGGUCUUCAACGCUCUGUCGCAGGAGGAGCAAGAGAAGCUGCGUGAGAUGAGCCAGUCUUGA